AUGCCGGCGAAGGACGACGGCUCCGACAAGGAAAAAUGCCUCGAUCUUUUUCUGAAGAUAGGUUUAGACGAGCGCACAGCUCGAAACACCGUCGCCAACAACAAGGUCACUGCCAAUCUCACUUCCGUCAUCAACGAGGCUGGUGUUACUGAUGGAUGCAGUCGAACGGUUGGAAAUCUUCUUUAUACGGUUGCGACGAAGUACCCUGCAAAUGCCUUGCCGCAUCGUCCAAUAUUACUACAGUACAUUGUUUCUUCAAAGGUCAAAACAACGGCACAAUUAGAUGCAGCAUUAUCAUUUCUUGCUACUACGGGCUUAGAGAAUCUUGAUUUGAAAACGUUUGAAGAAGCUUGUGGUGUCGGCAUUGAGGUUUCAACAGAAGAUAUUAAACAAGCUGUUGAUGAAGUUGUUGAGCAGAACAAGGCUACAAUUUUGGAGCUACGCUAUCGAACAAAUGUGGGUGAGUUGCUUGGGCAUGUGCGCAAGAGGCUGCCAUGGGGUGAUGCAAAAGUUGCCAAGCAACUUCUUGAUACAAAACUAUAUGAACUACUUGGUGAGCGAACAGCAGCAGAUGAUGAGAAGCCUUCUAAAAAGAAGAAGGAAAAACCUGCCAAAGUAGAGGAUAAAGUACCUGUUGCCACUCCUGAAAAGUCACCUGAAGAAGAUCUUAAUCCAUAUUUAAUAUUCCCUAACCCAGAGGAAAAUUUCAAGGUGCAUACUGAGGUGCCUUUUAGUGACGGUAGUAUUUUGAGAUGUUGUAAUACAAGGGCGCUUCUUGACAAACACUUGAAAGCAACUGGUGGAAAAGUUUUGACCCGCUUUCCACCCGAACCAAAUGGAUAUUUGCAUAUUGGUCACGCAAAAUUUCUUCGUUCCAAGUUGAAUGUUUGUGGCACUUCCAGGUAUGAUGAUACAAAUCCUGAAGCCGAGAAGAAAGAGUAUAUUGAUCAUAUUGAAGAAAUUGUCCAGUGGAUGGGUUGGAAACCGUUCAAGAUUACAUACACUAGUGAUUACUUCCAAGAAUUGUAUGAAUUAGCUGUGGAGCUCAUAAAAAGGGGUCAUGCAUAUGUUGAUCAUCAGACACCUGAUGAGAUAAAGGAGUAUAGGGAGAAGAAAUUGAACAGUCCUUGGAGAGACAGACCAAUUUCAGAGUCAUUGAAGCUAUUUGAGGAUAUGAGAAAUGGUCUUGUAGAAGAAGGAAAAGCCACGCUUAGAAUGAAGCAAGACAUGCAGAGUGACAACUACAAUAUGUAUGACCUUAUUGCUUAUAGAAUUAAGUUUACUCCACACCCUCAUGCUGGAGACAAAUGGUGUAUCUAUCCAAGUUAUGAUUAUGCUCACUGCAUUGUUGAUUCUCUAGAGAAUAUCACACAUUCGCUGUGUACACUUGAAUUUGAGACACGUCGAGCAUCAUAUUAUUGGUUGUUGCAUGCGUUAGGCAUUUACCAGCCUUAUGUAUGGGAGUAUUCAAGGUUGAAUGUAUCUAACAGUGUUAUGUCAAAGCGUAAGCUAAAUCGUCUAGUUACAGAAAAGUGGGUUGAUGGAUGGGAUGAUCCUCGGUUGAUGACACUAGCUGGUUUGCGGCGUAGAGGCAUGACCCCUACUGCAAUCAAUGCUUUUGUCCGAGGAAUUGGAAUAACUAGAAGUGUCAAGAUGUACAUUCUAAUUGCUGAUAUAUCAGUCUUUGACAAGUUUAUGCCCAGAGGGGAAUAUUGCAUUGGAAUAAUUGUUAUUGCCAGAAGCAGAAAGAGAAAAUAUGGGGUAGAUAAAUCGACACUUCAUUUAGCAAAGGCUGAACAGGGCAAACAUGAUGGCACUUUGAUUUCUGUUGAACGCCUUGAAUACCAUGUUAGGGAAGAAUUGAACAGAAUAGCUCCUCGUGCAAUGGUUGUUCUACAUCCCCUAAAGGUUGUUAUUACUAAUCUUGAAGCCAACUCAGCAAUUGAGGUUGAUGCAAAGAAAUGGCCUGAUGCUCAAGCUGAUGAUGCUGCUGCUUUCUACAAGAUUCCAUUUUCCAAUGUUGUAUAUAUUGAACAUUCGGACUUCCGGAUGCAAGAUUCGAAAGAUUAUUAUGGUCUAGCUCCUGGGAAAUCUGCCAUUCUCAGAUAUGCAUUUCCUAUAAAGUGCACUGAAGUUAUUCUAGCUGACGAUAAUGAGACUAUUCUUGAAAUUCGUGCCGAGUAUGAUCCUUCAAAGAAGACGAAGCCUAAGGGGGUUCUUCAUUGGGUUGCUCAACCUUCUCCCGGAGUUGAUCCAUUAAAGGUGGAAGUCAGGUUGUUUGAGAGACUAUUCCUAUCAGAGAAUCCCGCUGAACUUGAGAAUUGGCUUGGCGAUUUAAACCCGAAUUCCAAAGUGAUAAUUGCUGAUGCUUACGGUGUGUCCUCCCUACAGAAUGCGAAAGUCGGGGACAAUUUCCAAUUUGAACGAUUAGACCCAGGAAAUAGUUUGGACGGUUCAAUUCCACGGAAGGUUAAGAUUGAUGAUGUAGGUCUUAUCAUGAGUCAACAGUAUCUGACAAAACGACUUGUUCAAGUGAUGCACCUAGGUUGGAAACUUAACGAUGAAAACCUUCGUGGAGUGGAAUUUCUGGGUCAUGCCUUGUGA